UACAUAUACAAUAUACACGUAUUAUUAAACACGUGUGAUAAUAAAAUAAAGGUUUGUAAUUUAAGCGCGGUGCGUUUUUCGUAAGACUGGAUACAGUUAUGACUGUUUAUGAGUGUUCAUCAUUGGAUUUCACGCUUGAUUUGUACUUUCAUUGUAUGAACAUGAAACAAGUCCUUUCGCAUGAAUAAAACGAUGAAAGUUCAAAACACUCUAUUUUAUGAUAAUACUAUUUUUAAAGCAAUAUAUGUAUAUAAUCGAUUCAAUUUUAAAAUUUUUAUCAUUGAUUUUAUUUUAACUAAAGAGCAUGCGUAAGAAAUGCGCCGUGUCUCGCGUUCUGCCGGAAACACAUGUAGUAACGUGCAACAGUCGCAUUCGUUUCGUUUUUUGUGUCGUCGUCUAUCACAAUUAGGUUUUUCUUUUACAGUAUUAUUAACUUUUUGUAAAUAAUGACAAAGAAGAGGAAACAAUUAGAAAAUGAAGAAACUACAGAAACAACAGAAACAAAUUUACCACCGAUAAAAAGAAUGUCAGACGAACCUCCACCGAAAAAGGUAAAAUGGAUAAACAAGCAGCGUGUAUUAGUAUUUUCAACCAGGGGUAUUGGUCAUAUUCAUCGUCAUCUUAUGGAAGAUAUAAAGACUCUUAUGCCACAUCAUCGACCUGAAAGUAAAAUGGAACGUUCCAAAGAUUUGCAGGUUAUUAAUGAAAUGUGUCAAAUGAAGAAUUGCAAUAAAUGUAUACUUUUUGAAGGUCGAAGAAAAAGGGAUCUUUACGUUUGGUUUUCUAAUAUAUCUGCAGGACCUUGUGCUAAAUUUUUAGUUGAAAAUAUUUAUACCAUGGGCGAAUUAAAGAUGACAGGAAAUUGUUUAAGAGGAUCUCGCCCGUUACUUUCAUUUGAUGAAAAUUUCAAUACAAAACCACAUUACAAUCUUUUGAAAGAGUUAUUCAUUCAGAUAUUUGGUGUUCCAUAUCAUCAUCCGAAAAGUCAACCAUUCUUUGAUCAUGUUUAUACAUUUACUGUAUUAGAUAAUAGAAUAUGGUUUAGAAACUUUCAAAUUCUCACUGAAGAUGGAGGAUUAGCAGAAAUUGGACCUAGAUUUGUUUUAAAUCCAGUUAAAAUAUUUGCUAAUAGUUUUGGUGGAGAAACAUUAUGGGAUAAUCCUCUUUAUGUUUCACCUGCUAAGUAUCGACAAUUAUUAAAUAAGAAAGCUGCUGGUAAAUAUGUGAACAGAUUGGAGCAAAAGAUGGUGCAGCAAGCUAAUAAACCAAAAGAAAGUUAUGCUUUAAAUCCUGUGGAUGAAAUAUUUAAAGGUGAUCCAAUAGAAAAGGCUUUAGAAUUACAAAAUAAGGAUAAAGAAGAAGAAGAAAUAGAAAAAAUGGAAAGUCCAAAAAGGAUUAUAAUGAGAAAAAAAAAGAAGUCUCCAAGUAAACAAUUAAAUAAGCCAUUAAAUAAAAAAGUCAAAAAGAAAAGACUUACAAACAAGAAAGUAAAAAAAAAUAUUAAACACUGAUUAAACAUUUUAUACUUGUGUGAUUAUAUCCUUGUUACAUAAUAAUAAAAUUCACAUAUAUUGUUCUUAAAAUUUUUUACAGUUGUUAUAUAUUUGUACCUUAUAUUAUCAUAUGAUUUUGGUGCAUGUUAAUAAAUUUAUAGCAGGUAGCAUAAUAAGUACACUUCUCAGCAAUAAUUAAAUUAUUAAAUGCAAAUGUAAAAGUCUUAAUAUAAAAGUCUUAAUUAAAAAUAAUACUUAGAAAGACAUCAAAAUGUCACAAGUUAACUUAGAUAUAAAUGAUAGUGUAAUAGAAAAUAUGUAUAACGUAUAACAUUUCGUAUACUUAGAUAUAGUUAAUUCGUAUAUAUGCUAGUAACAUUGCAAUUAAAUGUGCGUUAAAGAUAUAUUUAAUAUUUAUAGUUUGUAAGGAACUAGUAGUUCAAGAUACUAGUAACUAAAGAUAAAAUAUAUAUGAAUUACAUGAUACACCUUGCAUAAAAGGUAUAAAUUUAUACAUAAAUUCAUAUUAAAUAUAUCAUUAAGUUCGAUUCCAACGUUACUGACAAUAAUUAUAAUUCUUUUCGUAUAAAUUUAAUGGCACUUAUGUGAAUCACAUUUUAGCAGCCAUAUAAGCAUUAUAGGUACAUAAUACAUCUCUUUAAAACAUAGAUUAAUUUUACCAUAAAAAUAAAUUUAAAAAAAAAAUCUCAUUCUAAUAUAUAUAAUCUUUAUAAAUGCAUAUUCCUUAUGAAGUUCAUAUUAGUCACAAAUCUAAAGCCUCAUUUUAUAUUAAUAAAACUGUCUGCAAACUAAAAGUUGUAUACCUAUCUUAUAAAAAUCUGCCAUUUAUAUAACAUCAUGUAUAACUAUAGUGUCGUUGUAUAGAUAAAAAAUCUCAUAUUAGGCAUAUAAUGCAUCUCAAAAAUAUUUCUCUUGAUUGAUUCUGAUUUAUAUAAAUCAUAAAUUUUACUUUACAUUCAUAUUAUUUAAAAAUUAUAUAUCUAAUAUAUUAUUUAAAAUUCUAUUAUUAAUCUAUAUUGCAUAAGGCAUAUUUGUAAUUGAGAUUAUCACUAUAAACAAUAUGUAGUUUUCAUAAAACAAAAAAAAUACUGAAAUGAAUAACUAUAUAUUGUAACAAAAAUGAUAAUAGAAAAAAUAUAUCUGAAAGACAUUUGAAUAAGCUAUGGAAGAAUUGCAAUAUAAAUUAAUACUAAUAUUCAAAUGUGUGUUUAUGUAUUCAUUGGUGAUAAUUCAUGAGAUUGUUGACCAUUUGUAUUAACAUCUGAUCCAAUGUGUGCUAAUGGAGACUGACGCCAUUUUCCAUUUUCUCCACCUAAAUUUCUAUCUUCACAUAUACAUAAAAAUAGAGUAUCUAUAACAGUCUGAAAAUAAAAAAAAAUAUAUCGAAUAAGAUUAUGGCUGAGAAAACAAUACAUUAUUUAUAACAAGUAGUAAAAAUUUAUAUAUACCUCGUAUAAUGAAAUAAUGCAAUGUGCAAUAAAAAAUGCAAAAAUACAAGUAAUAAAAAUUGGUGCCGCAUAAAAAUGCAAUCGUGGAUCAUGCCUCAUGAAGAGUAAUCCAACACUUCCUGUAGCAGCUGUGACAAAACAUUUUCCUAAGAAUAAUAUAAAAUCUCCUAUACCAUUAAUUACAGCUACUUGUAGAGCAUUAUCAACAAUUGUUUUGAAAGCCUAUAACAAAUUUAUAUUUUUAAAAGAUAAUCAAUAUAUAUUCCCAAUAAUGACAAUAAUAUUGGACUUACAAUUCUAGCAGCAUUGCAAAAAUUUGUUCCUUCAAUGGCAACAACUGUAUAUGCAUUAUGGUUCAUAUACCUAAUAAACUUUUCUAAACAAUAAAAACAACAAAUACAACACUUCAGACCACAUUGUGCACAUGGAGAAGUUUCUUUGUUUUUCUCAAAUCUAUAGUGAAAUUAAGACUUAAUUAAUAUGAAUGAUUUUGCAAUAAAUUUAAUUAAUUUUUUACUUACUUCUUGUGCAAAUAUGUCAAAAUAAGACGAGGUAAUUUAAAAAGAGUUAUUAAGAAUGAUCCACAAGCAACCGAACCCAAAUGAUAACUAAUCAAGUUUCCAAUAGCUGAACAUACUGGUGAUAAGCUUGCAUCCUUAUCUCUGAAAUAUAUUAUUACAUCUAAAUUAUAUACAUUGAUUAUAUAUA